AGGCACUGGCGGAAGAGGUGAGGGCACGGUAUGACAAAGUGAUUUUUAAAGUUGUUGAUCUGGAUGAUUAUGCGGUCGAUGACGAUGAAUAUGAGGAGAAGAUGAAGAAAGAAACUAUAUCAUUUUUCUUUUUAGCAACAUAUGGAGAUGGUGAGCCAACAAAUAAUGCUGUAAGGUUUUACAAAUGGUUUACAGAGGGAAUGAGAGUGGAAACUGGCUUCAGAACCUCAAAUAUGGUGUUUUUGGGCUUGGAAAUAGGCAGUAUGAGCAUUUUAAUAAGAUAGCUAAGGUGGUGAAUGACUUGAUUGCAGAACAGGGUGGCAAGUGGCUUGUCUCGGUGGGUCUUGGAGAUGAUGAUCAAUGCAUUGAGGAUGACUUUACUGCAUGGAUUGUCCUAGCUAUUUGGCGUUGGCUAUUAAAUGCGUCUGUUUCUUUGUGCUUGUGGUGGUGAGCAUCUUCUUUGUUGCAUCUCAUAUAUGAUGAGUGAACUGUGGCGUUCUGUUUGAAGCUCAACUUUAGGGAACUAUUCAGGACCACCUACAAAUAUUCAACAUUGAGACGAAGGCAAAAAUGAAAUCACAUUAGAUGCCUGAGCAGGUGAUAAUGUCAUCCAAACUU